GUCGUGUUGUCAAAAUUCAUGAAAUUUUGAAUAAGUUGCACAUACUUUCACUAAAUCUUUCCUAUAAUUACAUAAAAUUAUUAGUAACAAACAACAAAUGGUGUAAAGCAUGAAUUAUAGAUAAAUUGAAAUAGCUUUUCAUACUUAAUUUUUUUUUAUAGUUUACAUUGUGUGAAUAAAGUUUGUUUAAAAUGGAUGGAACCCUUGUUUUGAUUUUACUAGCCCUAGUCAUGCUUGUUGGUUCCUAUGUGGCUGGCAGUAUUCCGCUUAAUGUUAGCAUGUCUGAGGAGAAGCUUCUCAAAGUCACAGUGUUUGGAGCCGGCUUGCUUGUAGGGACUGCAUUAGCGGUUAUCAUACCUGAAGGGGUGAGAGCGUUAUUCUCGGAACGGACAGUUCUCGUUACAAAGGAUUACACACCGGAACCCAGUAUUAACAACGAUCUGCAUUCAGUCAUCGGUAUUUCAUUAGUGUUAGGCUUCGUGUUCAUGCUCCUCGUAGACCAAAUGUCGGCCAGAUACAACGACGCCUCCAACCCAACCGAGAAGAACGUGACCGCCACUGUUGGGCUGGUUGUACACGCUGCGGCGGACGGCAUAGCGUUGGGCGCCGCUGCCACCACAGCCCACGCUGAUGUGGAACUGAUAGUUUUUUUGGCAAUCAUGCUACACAAAGCCCCAGCGGCCUUCGGACUCGUCACCUUCCUUAUGCACGCCGGACUUGAAAGGAAUCGAAUCCGAAAGCAUCUGUUGAUAUUCUCGUGUGCCGCGCCCUCUCUCGCCUUGCUCACGUACUUCGGUAUCGGAAACGAGAGCAAACAGACACUCAGCGACUUCAACGCGACAGGUAUAGCCAUGUUAUUCUCAGCGGGGACAUUCCUCUACGUGGCCACCGUUCACGUAUUAUCCGAACUCACACACCCGCACACACACUCACACACACACACACUGUUGCCGCUCCAAGAGGGCGCGACCCCCAAAAAGGGCUUCGGGGGGCUACAGCCCUGUGACGUCAUAAUCCUGGCCGUGGGGGCUAUGAUGCCGCUCCUGUUAACAAUGGGUCAUGACCACUGAUGACAAAACAUAUAUAAAUAAAUAGAUUAUUUUUCUUUUGUGUAAAUUUUGCUUCAAAGUCUGUAUGGUGAUGUAUUUUCUUUUUUGUUUAAACUAACGGUGACAUAGUUGAAUAGAUCUCAUAUAGAUAAGUUUCCUGUAACAAAUUAAACAAAAAAUAAUAACUUACUUUAAAUUUAAAAGACAUUGGUGUUAAAACGGAGCGGGAUAUAAUUUUUUUUAUUUGAGAAUCAAAGUUCUGUUUGUGACGGAUCGCUUUAAAGUUAUUUGAGUUAACGAGAUUAUCCGUUGAUAAUAUUAUCAAGUGAUAAAGGUCGUGUGAUAAUUAUCAUUCGAUAAGUGUAUCAGAUAUAUAUAUAUAUAUUUGCUCGACUUUGAUUACAGAUAAAUAUUAUUUAAUAGAUAUUUUUAAUUACUGUAAAUUGAAUUGUGUGCUGGCACAAAGGUUUUAAUCUAACAAUAUAUAUAUAUAAUAAAUUUUUAUUUCAAUUUCUGAACAAACCAUAGCAAGUAUACAAAUUCCAUAAGACAUGUAUUAAAUUUACAACGGCCGGUAUGUUUUAUUUUGUAAUGUAUUAGAAAUACAUUGUGUUGUUCUGAAACGAAGAAUCCCCGUUGUUAAAUAAUGUUUUUAAAUGUAUUUUUACAUAGACAGUAUUUUUUUUUUGUAAGUGUUUUACCACCACUUUAUAAUUUUCUAUGUAAAUAAUGAUUUACAGUCAUCGGAAUAUGGAAUAAUAAACGAUUUUAUGCGUAA